CACAGUCAUUAUGCUGUUGUCUUUUAGUAGCUAUUGGCCAUGAGGACCCAGGGACAUGUCAGGGGAAAUGAGUGGAAAGGAUAAAAAUGACAUCAUCUGUUGCUGAGCUGGGACAGGCUCCUGGGACACAGGGAGCUCAUAAAUGAGGGCAGAGCUGCAGAGAGAUAGCUGUACCCAGGAGCAGCUCUUGUGCACAGCACAACCUGUAGGGGACAGAAGGAGAAGAGAGAAAUUGGAGAGAGCGUCAAGGAUGUGUGUGGUUUGAGUGGGCUGCGUGCUCUCUCCAGGAGCAUUGCUCACAGACCAUGACAGGGACUUCAAGACCACGAGCAGGAAAUGCCCAACAGCAGCUCCAUCAGCGAAUUCCUCCUACUGCCAUUGGCAGACACGCAACAGCUGCAGCUCCUGCACUUCUGGCUCUUCCUGGGCAUCUACCUGGCUGCCCUCCUGGGCAACAGCCUCAUCUGCUCAGCCGUAGCCUGCAACCCUCACUUGCACACCCCCAUGUACUUCUUCCUCCUCAACUUGGCCCUCCUCGACCUGGGCUGCAUCUCCACCACUCUCCCCAAAGCCAUGGCCAACGCCCUCUGGGACACCAGGGCCAUCUCCUACACAGGAUGUGCUGCACAGAUCUUUUUCUUUCUCUUCUUUGCCUCAGCAGACUAUUCCCUUCUCACCAUCAUGUCCUAUGACCGCUACGUUGCCAUCUGCAAGCCCCUGCACUACGGGACCUUGAUGGACAGCAGAGCUUGUGCCACCAUGACAGCAGCUGCCUGGGGCACUGGGGUUCUCUAUUCCCUGCUGCACACUGCCAGUACGUUUUCACUGCCUCUCUGCCAAGGCAAUGUUGUCAACCAGUUUUUCUGUGAAAUCCCCCAGAUCCUCAAACUCUCCUGCCUAGAAUCAAAUUCCAGGGAAGUUGUGUUACUCAUUUUUAGUCUAAGUUUAGGCUUUGGGUGCUUUGUUUUCAUAGUUGUGUCCUACGUGCAGAUCUUCAUGGCUGUGCUGAGGAUGCCCUCUGAGCAGGGACGGCACAAAGCCUUCUCCACGUGCCUCCCUCACCUGGCCGUGGUCUCCCUAUUUGUCAGCACUGGUGCUUUUGCCUACCUGAAGCCCCCAUCCAUUUCCUCCCCACUCCUGGAUCUGACAGUGGCACUUCUGUACUCGGUGGUUCCUCCAACACUGAACCCUAUUAUCUACAGCAUGAGGAACAGGGAGAUCAAGCACGCUCUCAGGAAGGUGUUGCAGUAAGUACUUUUCCAGCUUCCAUA